AAAAUAAUGAAUUAAGCAAAAAAUUUAGUAUUAUUUCCUCCGCAGUGGUGUUGCUAUAAGCGCCGCCGUCGACCACCCAUGUAUCCGCCGUCGACUACCACAGCGCCACCGCUCUCUUCGGUGAACCCCGCCCUCCCAACCCACUUCUCCCACCAAUACCACACACUUUUCUCCCAGCGUCACACUUUUCCACUGAUUUUCAACCCCAAAAAGAGUCCUUUUAAUCGUGGCCUGCAAUUGAGGCUCGUGUUAGGGCCCGCUUUUGCUUCAAUUUCGGGAUAUCCAUAUGAGGAAAGUGAAAGCAGCGCCUAUGAUCCAGAGCUACGGAGAGUGCUUGAGCUCGCGUCUGAUUCUGAAUUAUAUGAACUUGAAAGGAUUUUAUUUGGGCGAAGUUUCUUCAGUCCACUGUUGAAGUCAGUUUUGAAAAGGGAUGAAAUUGACCAUUUUAUGACCGGAGAAGAUCCGGAUGAGAGGGAAGAUUAUAUCUCGAUGCUUGAAUCUCGAUUUUUCUUUCUCGCUGCUGAUGCACGGUCAACAUUGAGGGGCUGGAGGCCGUCGUAUAGAAGUGUAUUGCUUGGAGUAAGGAAAAAGUUAAAAGUUCCUUGUUCAGCUAAAUUAUCGGCUGAAGAUCUAGAAGUCGAGAUUUUCCUUCAUCUCUUACAUGAAUAUUCGAGUAAAGAACAAGAAAACUUUUCAAGCUCAAAAGUAAGCUCAAAAAAUGAUGGGCCUAACUCUCUCGAGCAAGGACUCAGCAGCUGGAAGGUGCAGAAACUUGCAGCUCUUGGGAUUGGAGCAACAGAUAUCCGCUCAAUUAUAUUAAAGGGUGGUGGGAUGCUUACAUUGGAGAAACUGUUGGAAUUGUUAGGAGGGAAUGUUUCGGUGGAAGCUGCCAAAUAUACGAUGAAGAAAGAAUUAAUCAGAAAGGGUGGGCAGUUGGCGGCUAUCAACUUGGAAUCUGGAGUGGCCUUUCUUGCUGCUAGACAGGGUCUAAAAGCUGCUGCGGCUCGGUAUUUGGGGCUCAGGAGUAUAACACAGUUAUUUGGCCCACUCAUGUGGGGUACCCUGUUGGCGGAUGUUUUCAUUCAAAUGCUCGGAACUGAUUAUGCACGGAUCUUGCGAGCCAUAUACGCAAUAGCUCAGAUUCGGAUAUAUCGCUCUACACACGACAAAAGCUAAUAUAACGUGAGAAGCCUCGUAUGUCAGCGCGCUUUCUAAGCUCUCCGGAAAGGUACUGCCUCGACAUCUUGGAGCUUAAGCUUCUUCAGACCCAAGGACUCGUUCAGAUGGGAAAAUAUGUUUUACUUUUGUUCCAAUAUCUCUCUGAUUGUACAUAAACUGCGGUAGGGAAAAGUGUUUGUUUGUGUAUAGGAAAUUUUUAUUUGUGUGACAUUAUGCUUAAGUUACAAAAGAUUCAAUUUUCAUCAAA